CCCGAGGAAAGCCCCCGAAGUGGAGAUCUCUGCCUGGACCUGUUCACUGAGAAGCUGCCGCCCAGCGGCCGGAUCACCAAGACGGAAUCCCUGGUCAUCCCCUCCACCAGGUCCGAGGGGAAGCAGGCGGGCCGCCGGGGCCGGAGCACAUCCCUGAAGGAGCGGCAGCCGGCACGCCCGCAAAACGAGCGGGCCAACAGCCUGGACAACGAGCGCUGCCCUGACACGCGGAGUCAGCUGCAGAUCCCCAGGAAGACUGUGUACGACCAGUUAAACCACAUUCUCAUCUCUGAUGACCAGCCUCCCGGAAAACAUCAUUCUCGUGAACACCUCGGACUGGCAGGGGCAGUUCCUCUCGGAUGUGCUGCAGCGGCACACGCUCCCAGUGGUCUGCACCUGCUCCGCGGCGGACGUCCAGGCGGCCUUCAGCACCAUCGUGUCUCGGAUUCAGAGAUACUGCAACUGCAAUCCGCAGCCACCGACGCCCGUGAAGAUCGCGGUGGCGCGCGCAGCACUACCUCAGCGCCGUGCUGCGGCUCUUCGUGGAGCAGCUGUCGCACAAGACCCCCGACUGGCUGGGCUACAUGCGCUUCCUCGUCAUCCCGCUGGGCUCCCACCCCGUGGCCCCCGGUACCUGGGCUCCGUGGACUACAGGUACAACACCUUCUUCCAGGACCUGGCCUGGAGGGACCUGUUCAGCAAGCUGGGCGCGGAGCGCCGGUGAGGCCCGGACGCGCGCGCGGCUCUCCAG